AUGGCUGUCGAUUUCUCUGCUGAAGAGGCAGCCAUUCUCAAACGCUGGCGGGAAAUUGACGCCUUCCAGACCCAAUUGCGCCUUUCCAAAGACAACAAGCCCUACACCUUUUACGAUGGCCCACCGUUUGCGACCGGCCUGCCUCACUACGGCCACUUGCUGGCUUCGACCAUAAAAGACAUUAUCCCGAGAUAUUGGUCCAUGAAGGGCUACUACGUCGAGAGGAGAUUCGGCUGGGACACGCAUGGUUUACCCAUCGAGUAUGAGAUUGACAAGAAAUUCCACAUCUCUGGACCAGCGGCAGUGAAAGAGAUGGGGAUCGCAAAAUACAAUGCGGAGUGCAAGGCCAUUGUCAUGAGAUAUGCGUCCGAGUGGAGGCAGACCAUUGACCGGCUGGGAAGGUGGAUUGACUUUGACAAUGACUACAAGACCAUGAAUCCGACCUUCAUGGAGUCGGUGUGGUGGGUCUUCAAGCAGCUGUUCGACAAGGGCAUGGUCUACCGCUCCUACAGAGUCAUGCCCUUCUCAACCGCGCUGAGCACACCGCUCAGUCAGCACGAAGCUCAAUCCAACUACAAGGAGGCACAAGAUCCCGCCGUGGUCAUCGCUUUCCCGCUCCUCGAGGAUCCUGACACCAGCCUUCUUGCUUGGACAACCACACCCUGGACCUUGCCGUCCAACAUUGGCUUGGCCGUCAAUGCCGACUAUGAGUACAUCAAAUUCCUGGACCAAGAAUCCGGUCGGCAAUUCAUCAUGCUAGAAAAGUUGUUGCGGACGCUGUAUAAAGACCCCAAGAAGGCCAAGUUCAAGGUCCUAGAGAAGAUCAAGGGUUCAGAUCUAAAAGGCAAACAGUAUCUUCCGCCCUUCGACUACUUCUAUGAACAAUUCAAGGACCGUGCUUUUAGGGUUCUCAAUGCUGCCUAUGUCACAGAUGACGAUGGUACGGGUGUUGUACACCAAGCACCAGCUUUUGGUGAAGAAGAUUUCCGAGUGGCCAUGGAAAAUGGCAUCAUCAGCCACGAGUUCCUCCCUCCCAACCCUGUGGACGAGACAGGCCGCUUUACAAAAGAGGUAACAGACUUUGCAGGUCAGCAUGUGAAGGAAGCAGACAAACAUAUCAUCAAACAUCUGAAGGGGACCGGGAGUCUCAUCCGGGACAGCCAACUGACCCAUCAAUACCCGUUCUGCUGGCGAUCAGACACACCUUUGAUCUACCGUGCUGUGUCCGGCUGGUUUGUCAACAUCGCUGGAAAUGAUAAGGUGCCCAGCAUCAUUCCAGACAUGCUUGACGGAAUUAAAAAGUCUCACUGGGUUCCCAAUUUUGUGAAAGAGAAGCGAUUUGCGGAGUGGAUUAAGAACGCCCGUGACUGGAAUAUCUCGAGAAAUCGAUAUUGGGGGACCCCUAUUCCGCUGUGGGCGAGCGAGGACUACUCAGAGGUCGUUGCGAUCGGCAGCAUCGAAGAACUAAAGAAACUCAGCGGCUACAAAGGCGAGAUCACGGACCUUCACCGUGAUAGUGUGGAUGAAAUCACCAUUCCCAGCCAGAAAGGCAACGGUGUGCUGCGCCGGGUCGAGGAGGUUUUCGAUUGUUGGUUUGAAUCUGGAAGCAUGCCGUACGCCUCGGCACACUAUCCCUUUGAAAACUCAGAAUACUUUGAGAGGACAUUUCCUGGUGACUUCAUCGCAGAAGGUCUCGACCAGACUCGUGGGUGGUUCUAUACCCUUGUUAUCUUGGGUAUCCACUUGAAGAAGGUCUUACCUUUCAAGAACUGUGUGGUCAACGGUAUUGUGCUUGCAGAGGAUGGCAAGAAGAUGUCCAAAAGACUCAAGAACUACCCAGAUCCUAACACGGUCAUCGACAAGUACGGUGCCGAUGCUCUGCGGCUGUACAUGAUUAACUCACCCGUUGUGCGAGCCGAGCCACUGAGAUUCAAAGAAUCUGGCGUCAAGGAGAUUGUUGCCAAAGUUCUUUUACCUUUGUGGAACAGCUACAAAUUCUUCGAAGGUCAAGUAGAAUUGCUGAAAAAGGUGGAAGGUGUCGAGUACAUGUUCGACCCGAAAAUGGACACGACGAACACCAACGUCAUGGACAAGUGGAUUCUCGCCAGCUGUCAGAGUUUACUCAAAUACAUCAACGAGGAAAUGUCGGCAUAUCGACUAUACACGGUCGUGCCGGGGCUGCUCAACUUGAUCGACGAGACCACAAACUGGUAUAUCAGAUUCAACCGGAAGAGACUAAAGGGCGAACUGGGUGUGGACGAUACUCUGCAUGCCCUGAACACUCUUUUCGACGUCCUCUUCACACUUGUCCGCGGACUCGCACCCUUCACACCUUUUAUCGCCGACCUCAUCUACACCAAGCUCUUGCCUUACAUACCGAAAUCCCUCCACAGUCAAGACAUGCGAAGCGUUCAUUUCCUUGCAUUCCCCGAAGUCCGACAGGAAUUGUUCGACACGGUGGUGGAACGACGUGUGGGACGGAUGCAAAAGGUCAUUGAACUCGCCAGACAGUCACGAGAGAGAAGAGCUAUCGGCCUGAAGACGCCGCUGAAGACGCUUGUGGUGAUUCACAAAGACCAGCAGUACCUUGAAGAUGUCAAGUCCCUUGAAGGGUACAUUACGGAAGAACUCAAUGUGCGGGAUCUACUUCUGUCGUCUGACGAAGAGAAAUACAAUGUGCAAUACAGUGUAACGGCGGACUGGCCAGUGCUCGGCAAGAAAUUGAAGAAAGACAUGCAAAAGGUCAAGAAAGCCCUUCCAGAUGUAACCAGCAAUGACUGCAAGACGUAUCUGUCAGAGGGUAAGCUCACUGUGGCUGGGAUAGAAUUGGUUGAAGGCGAUUUGGUGGUCAGACGCGCGCUCAAGGAGGACGAGACUUCGAAAGACCAAGAAACCAAUACUGACAACGACGUUCUGACUAUUCUGGAUGUGGCUAUCUACCCGGAACUGGCACAGGAAGGUCUCGCGCGCGAGAUCAUCAACCGCGUCCAGCAACUGCGAAAGAAGGCCAACCUGAAACCCACAGACGAUGUCAAGAUGGAAUACAAAGUCCAGCAAGACCCGGACAACAUCGGACUCGAGCAGGUGUUUCAGCAACAGAGCUCCUUCAUCGAGAAGGCGCUGCGACGGCCGGUGGAUCAGCACGUGGUUACGGAGGUGGAGGGACCGAUCGUGAACGGCGACAAAGGCGGCAGCCCAGACUUGAUUGUGGAGGAGGUGCAGGAGGUGCAGAAGGCGACGUUUCUGUUGAGAUUAUUGAAGCUCUGA